AUGAACGGCCUAUACCACCCCCAAAAGCAGUACUCGGCGGAGGACCUGCAUAGUUAUGCAGGCCUAACCGACCAGCAGAAUGCCAUGUUGGGACUGAUCAAUGCAAACGGCGGCAAUGGCAUGGUUGGGACGCCAAUGGAUCAAAUGAUCCAGGAGAAUGAGAAAGACUUACAUCGGAGACGGAGCUUUUCGAAUCAAAAUUCAUUUGGUGCUGGCAGGCCCAUGAUGGAUCAGGACCCUCAGCGAUCCUCCAUGAUGGAGUUUGGAUCUCUUGACAACCAUGAACUAGAUGGCUUUCAAUUCAACCCUGGUGCAGUCCCUGCCGAAACCGGGAUGCAGCGACCUGGCAACAUUGCCCAAAGGCGCCUUGAGAGUCAGCAAAGAGCAAGGCGGCAUAUGUCUCAUGAAAACCUCGCUUUGAAUACCACGUACGCCAACAUGCCUUCGUAUCAGUCAUUGAAUUCAGCUUCGCCAUACGGCCAGCCCAUCAACUCUGGCGACCCCAUGAGUGGAUUUGACUUGUCUAGUGAUUAUAUGAUGAUGGGCAUGAACUUUUCCCCAAACCCAAUGGACAAUAACCAUAACGGUGCCGCCACCCCUCAGGACUCGUAUCUGCAAAAUAACUUCGCCACCCAAAUAAAUGAUCACCAAAUGCAACGAGAUAUGACAUCUUCCAUGUCUGGGAGAUUACAUGACCCAGGCGGAGGCCCAACGACUACAAUCAUGGCUGACGCAAACGCUUUAGAUAAAGUGCCAAUCAUGCGAGUCUCAGACCAGAUGCGGAACACACAGUCGCCGCCUCAAACGAUACCGAUUCCAAACCCUAACCCUGGCUUGCCAAUCAAUUCAGUCGAGAAUGCUCAUCCCCAACCGGGCCCCCAUGGGUUACCCACGUACAAUCCAAGCCAAAAAUCUCAAGCCGCACCCAAUCUGGACGUCUCGACGGAUGGAAAUGGUGUGCCUUUCCAAGGCCAGAAUAAUGCUGGAAAGCAAGUCGUACCGAUGUACAAAAACGCGUAUUCCUCAAGCGGCUUUGACAUGCUUGGAGUCUUAAUGAGAGUUGCUGCUAGACCGAAUCCUCAAAUUAACAUCGGUGCUGUAGACAUGUCAUGCGCUUUUGUAGUGUGCGAUGUCACACAGCAUGAUCUACCAAUAGUGUAUUGCUCUGACGUUUUCGAACGGCUCACUGCAUAUACAAGACACGAAAUUUUGGGAAGAAAUUGCCGCUUCCUACAGUCACCAGAUGGAAAGAUACAGGCUGGCGUGCAGCGAAAAUACGUAGACGACAAAUCUGUGCUCAGGAUCAAGAACAUGAUUACUGAGCGACGCGAGGCACAGAUCAGUGUCAUCAAUUAUCGGAAAGGGGGUCAACCAUUUAUGAACCUGCUUACUAUGAUUCCUAUUGCGUGGGAUACCGAUGAAAUAAAGUAUUACGUAGGGUUUCAGGUGGAUUUGGUUGAGCAGCCGACUUCCAUAACAAACAAAAACCCAGAUGGCUCCUACACCAUUAACUAUCAGCGUGGUCUCCUACCAAGAUACGUUGUGCCAGAGGCUCAAAAAGAAAACACUCUGGAGACAGGUCAGACUGUCAACCGGGAUGAUGUCUCCACGGUGCUGAGUACAAUUGGCUCUGAAGAAUCGGAGUUGUCCAAGCGGAUAUGGGACAAAGUGCUUCUUGAGAACACGGAUGAUGUAGUUCAUGUACUCUCCUUGAAAGGCCUGUUUCUCUAUCUUUCCCCCUCGAGUCGAAAGGUAUUGGAGUACGACUCGAGCGAACUUGUCGGUACCCCGCUUUCUUCUGUCUGUCAUCCUAGCGACAUUGUGCCUGUCACACGAGAAUUGAAGGACACGUCUACGGGCGCGGCUGUGAACGUGGUUUUCAGAAUCAGACGGAAACACAAUGGUUACACAUGGUUCGAAAGUCACGGAUCGCUUCAUCUGGAGCAAGGGAAAGGACGCAAAUGUAUCAUUAUGGUUGGACGAGAGCGGCCCGUGUAUGCGUUAGCAAGAGCAGAUGUUAUGACUGACGGCGGCUUCGGGGAGAGCGAGCUUUGGACCAAGAUGUCUACUUCCGGCAUGUUCCUUUUUGUUUCAUCCAAUGUCCGCAGUCUUCUAGACCGGCAGCCUGAGGAUUUGAUAGGUACAAGUGCGCAGGCACUUAUGCGUCAAGAGUCACGGCUGGAGUUCAUGAAAAAGCUGGAGGUGGCUCGAACAGGCGUGAAAGCUACCUUCAAACAUGACGUCGAGAACAAGCGCGGUCAAGUACUUCAAGCACAAACGACGAUAUAUCCUGGUGAUGCCGCUGAAGGUCAAAAGCCUACGUUUUUAGUCGCACAGACACGGCUCCUCAAGCUUUCCCGUAACAAGCAGUCAUCUAAUGCUUCGCCUCAGGUAGACAACCAAUCAGUGUCUCCCACUUCCUCUGCAAGUGCUCUUUCAGGAGGUCAAGGGCCAACGCCUUCGGCAACUGCUGGGAAUCAUCCUGGAGUUACGACACAGGCAGGAGGCGCCGGCCUGUCCAUUGGUACGCAACAUGAAGCGUUAGCUUCAGAGGACAAUGUAUUUGACGAGCUCAAGACGACGCGAAGCACUUCCUGGCAGUUUGAGCUUCGACAAAUGGAGAAGCGCAACCGUCUCCUUGCGGAAGAAUUGCAAAGCUUGCUGUCAAGUAAAAAGAAGCGGAAAAGACGCAACGGGGCAGGCAACAUGCAGAAAGACUGCGCUAAUUGCCAUACUCGUGUAACGCCCGAGUGGCGGCGAGGGCCAAGUGGUAACCGUGACCUUUGUAAUAGCUGUGGCCUCAGAUGGGCUAAAGAGGUACGUCCACGUUUGCUUUCAAGCCAGCUCCAGCAAUCUCGUAUGGGUUUUGGCUGA